AUGACCUCUUCAUCGCAAAACCACACGUACGGUCCGAAGUGCCGCCUUGCGCCCCUGUCGCAAUCCGUGCCCGCCAACGCCUACGACGGCAUUCCUCCCGUUACCGCGCAGUACUUCUACUCUUCGGUCAUACCCAUAGAUGAUCCUUUGUCCCCUGGAACCAUUGCCGGUGCCUCAGACGCGCGGACCGCACGUGGUCAGAUCCGACCCUUUUCGCUGGGCGACAACAAUGCUCUCGAGAAGGCUUGGCUGAGCUUCCUAUCUGAUGAUGGUAUCCAAGCCCACGAGCAGUUGGUACGGGGUCGGAAACCCAGCCCAGCCAUGGAGAAAGCGAACGCAGCCAAGCUGGCUCUUCUGGUGCGUCACUUGGCUGUGAAGCACAUCCACAAACACGGCGGUACCAUUCAGGCAUCGUCUUCAGCAGGCGAGGCUUCUGACAUGCUCCCGGAUACCCCGAUUUCCGUAUGCUGCCCGGACUUAUUUAUAGAUGUCUCCACCGAACUACAGAACACUUUCUGUGCGCUGGCCAGGAAGUAUCAUCAUUCGCUAGGCCAGGAGAGUGUUGUGCAAGACGUGAUGAUGGAGCUGAGGCGGUUAACCUCCUCCGCUGAAUCCCGGUCCCAGCCUGGGAGCACUUCAUCCUCGCGGCCUCGUGCGGAGUCGGCUCAGUCACGGCAGAUGGGGAUCAUUGGCUCCUUCAGCCCUCGCCAAGAAGCGGCGAGUGAGCUACAGAAGCUCGGCAAGGAGGCCGGAAACAUUGGGGAUACGGCCAAGUCAAGGGCUAUGUCUGAAUCUCGGGCGAGUGAGCAAGCCUCGCGGCCCUCCACCCCGGGCCUCGGAAGCUCUUUACGACAACAUACGGUAGACGAUGGCAUCUCUGGUAAGCCAUUCGUUCGAGCUGGAAUUCGGCAGAGACCGCAGGACAACUUUGUGGCUUCGUUCCCUCCUCCAGAACCUUCCAACCCGAACGACACCGAAGGGCGGGAAGCGCAACCGCCGAACGCCUCAUCAGAGUCGCCAAGAAAAAGGGCAAAUACCACGCAAGCCAAGCUUGUCAGCGAUGAAAGCUACAGGAAGGAGGCGAUCGACGUCGUCGUGGGUGUCUCUCGUCUGCACCUUGUGUCUAUUCCCGCCCUACAGAUGAAACCCAUUUAUUGGUCCCCCGUGAACGAUAUCGCCGUGGUCCUCCGGGCCACCUGGUUUUACAGAGACACGAUGCUGCCCAUACCCCCGGCCGUGGCUAACCAGCUGGAGGCUGGCUAUCGAGAGCUGAAGCCCCACACCGAAACUUGGAACGAUGAGCUGCGCUGCGCAGUUGAAGUUGGCCCCCUCGGUGAGGAGAAAGUGUCGCAUCGGCUGUGGCCGGAAGACAUGGAGUCUCUCGGUGACAGAGAUCAGCGAAUAGUUUCGGAUAUGCGCAUAUCAACAGACCCAUUCUGUGCCGCAAACUGCUUCCGCGGAGAGGCUGCGGCCGAGGGCGCCAUCGAUCCGAACUUGAAGGCCGGAACGGCCGCUCAGCAGCAUCGGAGCUAUGCGACCUACCAUGUCAUCUACAAGGACGCCUCCAAAGCCUUCCUUUUGAAGCCUAGCCUGAAGCCUUCGGCUUACUACGGCAGACGGCCAGUUGCGAAGAUCAUGAAAGGCAUGACCGUAGGUAUUCCGAUCGUGCGUGGUUUCGACCGGCAAGCCUGGGAGCGGGUCCACGACAAGAAGGCCAACCGAGACGCUGCCAAUCAGCCGGCGUUCCCCGCUAGCGACUCGCCCGAGGCUAUUGCGCAAGACGUUUGCGCAGCUUGCCAGGCGCAGAAAGAGCAUGGCCAGGUCACGGACCUCGUUCUCGUCGUCCACGGCAUUGGGCAGAAGUUUGCUGAGAGAGUCGAAAGCUUCCACUUCACCCACGCCAUCAAUGCGUUCCGCCGCGAGGUUAACCUGGAACUGGCCAACCCAGCAGUCAAGGAGUUUUUGAGGGAAGAUCAGAACGGCAUCAUGGUACUCCCCAUCAACUGGCGCCACACCCUGUCGUUCGAAGAUGGUGGCCCGAUGACCGAGGAAGACAAGGCAACACACGUACCGGACGGCUUCAGUCUCAAAGACAUCGAGCCCGGCAGUAUCCCCGCGGUACGAAGCAUGAUAUCGGAUGUCAUGUUCGACAUACCGUUCUACUUAUCUCACCAUAAGGGGAAAAUGAUCAAGGCCUUGGUCACGGAAGCCAAUCGUGUAUAUCGACUCUGGUGCCGAAACAAUCCUGGGUUUGCAGAGAGAGGGCGAAUCCAUAUGGUCGGGCACUCUCUCGGCAGCGCCAUGGCUAUCGAGAUCCUCUCGCGGCAACCCACGCGCGUCCCAAGGCUGGAUCUGUCGACCGGGAUGCCCCAGUCAGACUUCUUCGAUUUCGACACAACUAACCUAUUUCUCGUAGGAAGCCCCGCCGGGUUUUUCCUGCUCCUCGAGAGGGGUAUGCUUCAGCCUCGUCGCGGGAGAAUGAAGCCCGGUGCGGAUCCCGCCGAUACCAACGCGCCUGAAGUGACGGGCGAGGCCGGUCGGUAUGGCUGCAUCGCCGUGGACAACAUCUACAAUGUGCUGGCCAAGGAGGACCCUAUCGCAUACCUGCUGAACGGCACCAUAGACCCCGUGUAUGCCACGAGUCUGAGAACCGCAUAUGUGCCAUCAAGUGCCAACUCCAUCUUCAAGUACGUUGGCAACGCGAUGAAAAGCCUGGUGCCGGGCACAACACCCGCCCCAGUCGCUCCCGCGGUGCCAAAACCAUCAUUCGUGCGCUUGCCCUCACAGCUCGAGUUGGAGGUCCACGACUUCACACGGGAAGAGACAGCGGAAAGAAAGGCGUACCUACUCAACGAUAACGGUCAAAUCGAUUACUACCUGAGGUUCGGCGGCGGCCCUCUGGAGAUCCAGUACCUCAACAUGUUGAGCGCGCACACCUGCUACUGGACAAGCCUGGACUUUAUCCGUAUGCUGUGCAUGGAGGUCGGGAGGAAGCCAGGCAGGGGAAACACCAUUCCUGCCAUGAGGGCCCAGAAGGCGGCCAAGAGAGUUGCGUUGGGGUGA